UUUAUUGUAUAUAAAUAGGGUCUCUAAUGAGUUACCAAACAACAUCCAUCAAAACCAAACUUCUCUAGACAUGGUAGUGCCAAUGAGCUCACUUCUCCUUCCCCUCAUGGCUAUCCUAGUACUAUCCACAUCAACACAAAUCUCAUAUGCUCAAAACUCACCACAAGACUACGUCAACAUUCACAACAAAGCACGUUCUGAAGUUGGUGUUGGCCCUAUAAAUUGGGACACAAAACUUGCCUCCUAUGCACAAAACUAUAUAAACAAAUUAAAAGCAAAUUGCCAAAUGGUACACUCAAGGGGUCCAUAUGGUGAGAACCUAGCAUGGGGCAGUGGUGACAUAACAGGAACAGGUGCUGUUAACAUGUGGAUCGGAGAGAAGCGAUACUAUAAUUACAACAGUAACUCAUGUGCUGCUGGUUAUCAGUGUGGACACUAUACUCAGGUUGUUUGGCGCAAUUCGGUUCGGGUUGGAUGUGCUAAGGUAAAGUGUAAUAAUGGUCGUAGCACCAUUAUUAGUUGUAACUAUGAUCCACCUGGUAAUUAUAAUGGACAAAGGCCUUAUGAUAUUAAUCCUUUUGAAGUUCCGUUGAGCUUCAACCAUGGAAGUUUUUAGGAGAAAUAAGGUGGAAUUUGAAUUGAAUAAGUUGUUGUACAUGUGACAAUUCUGUGUAUAUGUUAGUAUAUGCAGAUAUAUUAGUCACACUUUAUAUGUCUUUGUUACUUUUGGAGAUUAAUGGAUUUUCAUGCUAGUAAUUACAAAGUAGAUUCUUAA